GUGUGGAGUGAGUUUUUUGUCUUCUCAAAAGUCAGACGUGCUGCUUUAGAAAUGUUUGGGAACCCUGGUCCGUUCUCUUAUUCUCCAGGGGGUUUCUCUCCUGAUGACCUCCCACAGCAGAGACGGGGUUUCCAGCCUGAGGACUUGAAGGGUUCUCCACUGCAGAGGAACAACAUGUCCAGACCCAGUGGAAAAUCCAUAUACAUGCAGAGAAAGGGGUACUCUGAGUCUCUGAACAGACCAUCUGAGAACUUACACUUCCGAGUGGAGCACCUGUUCACCUGUGACCUGGACGGACAAGAGGUGAAGACGGUCAACGACUGCUUGGCCAAACUGAAGAGGCUGGACGCCAAAGGUCGCCUGUGGCCUCAGGAGAUGAUCCUGGAGGUUCAGGGAGGAUACCUGAUCCUCUGUGACAUCGAGACCAAGUCAGAGUUGGAGUCGAUGCAUUUGAGCUGCAUUCAGCAAACUAAAGCCAUGUUGGACAGCUGCGCCUACAAUUCUGUGCUGGCUGUCACCGUCCAAGAACGCAACAAACGCAUCCCACAGGUCUUCAUGUUCCAGUGUGAGGAUACCGGGGCUGAGCUCAUCAAGACUGACCUGGAUAAGGUCAUUCAAAGAGGAGGUGGUGAAGCAGAGCCAAGCACAGACCAGAUGGACAUCAGGAGUAACCUGGAGAACAUCAUAGGGCUGCAGGUGUCUGGAAGCUUCCGCCAGCCUGGUCCUCGUGCUGUGCUGAGAGAAACCACACCCCCACCUCCGGAGUACUCAGGUCCACAGUGGAACGUCAGAGAACCAGAAAACCUUCCUCCAUCGCGGGUCUACACCCCUCCAGCAGACCUACAUGACCGGCAGAUUAGUCCAGAUGUAGCUCCACCGCCUCAGCUCACAGACUCAGACAGGAACACGGAAAUCUUAAACCACGUUUUGGACGAUUUGGAAAUCUUCAUGAGUAAAGUGUCGGCUGCAGCAAAUGCAUCUUUAGCACAAGAAGGAACGAGCAAGAAGAAGAAGAAAUCUAAGAAGAAACAGGCAAAGAAAAAUGCUCCAGCUGUCCUUCUGCCGUCGUGGGAGGAGUAUAUUUCCUGUCUCCAGAAAAUCAAAUAUGGAUUCAAUCUGCUGGGUCAGCUGGAUGGAAGCCUGACCAACCCCAGCGCUGAAGACUUUGUCCACUUCCUCUUCACCAUUUUAAGCAUGCUUGUUCCACAGUACCCACUGGACCUGCCCCCCACAGUGCUGUCUCCCCUGCUGACAGAACCUGCCCUGCACCUGCUGAACCAGGUGGUCUCCCCAGAGGAGGACGCCCUCUGGAGGUCACUGGGAGACACCUGGAACAUCCCCAGGUCUAGAUGGCCAGACAAUAAUGUCCCGCCUUACAUCCCAGAGUUUUAUGAUGGUUGGCAGCCCCCGCCCCCUUCUCAGAGCAGACCAUUGAGCCGGAGCACCAGCCACCGCCUCCCACCCGGACAACCCUACGGACAGAUGAACAAUGGGAUGAAAGAGCCUCCAGGUGACAGCUCAUGGAUGACACCACCACCGCCACAUUCCAGUGAGCCAUUGUACAUGCGAGCCAUCUAUGACUUCAUGGCAAGAAACAACCGAGAGUUGAGCAUCAUGAAGGGUGACGUGGUUCAGGUGAUACAGAAAAGCAAGCAGUGGUGGCUGGUUCGAAACAACCGUGAUGAGGAGGGCCACAUCCCUCAAAACGUUCUGGAGCCGAUGAGGGGUUCCUCAACCGUGGACGGGCCACAGCAAGCGUCUCGAGGUCCGCCCACUCUAGACAUGAACUCCACGGCUGCAGAGGUCAAAGCCUGGCUGGAGUACAAAGGCUUCUCCAAAAUUACUGUGAGGAGCCUGGGAGUGUUGACUGGGAAACUUCUUCUGGGGAUGAGCAGGGAUGAAAUCAGGACUGUGUGUCCAGAGGAAGGAGGAAGAGUCUUCUUCCAGCUUCAGGCCGUCAAGUCAGCCAUAGCACUUUCCAGUGAACCAUCGGGCCUGUACAACAGCCGCUACUGACACCACAGAUGUCCAGUACAUUGAUGAACACUUUUCCCUCCAUGGGCAUCAUUAACAUCUGCCAAAUGUAAUAUUUGAUUCCUCUUUUUGUCAGGUAUUAUCCCACUGGUUUGUCAUUUAAGGAAAAGCCAGUUUAGUGAAUGAAACAAUAACUAUCAAUAAUUUGAAAUAGUUAAAAUUAAUUCCUGUUGCUUUAAUGUGAAAUAACUAUAAUUACAGCAGGUCAACUUUGUACAGUUUCCCAAUGGUGAUUCAGGCAAAAAUAUUAAACUCCAAACCUCAUUUCUUCUUAUUAAUUAGGGCUCAUCGCAUUAGUACAACAUAUUCUACUGCACUCGUAACUUAUAUGCUAUAUUUUAUUGUCUUUUAAUUAAUAUUUCUGUGAAAGGUGUGAAAUGAUGUUGAAAACAGUCACUGACUCACUGUCUUUAACUGCAUUUUCUUUAAUUGUGUCCAAAAAAGGGUUGUUUCCAAUAAACAAAUGCACCAAAUCAAAUUAAAACUGUACUCACAAAACUCAGUCCAAACCUGGUUUUCCUUUUACACAAAUUCUGAAUCAACUACAAGUUUUAGAACUGGCAGGAAUG